UUCUUGUAGCUGUAUUGAUCUUUUGUAAUUUGUUGUAAUUUCGUAAAAUUCUCGGAUACGCCCUAUUAAAUAUAAGGAAAGAAAACUUAUCAACAUGAGUACUACGGGUGAACAGCUGACUCUCGCAAGGGACAUUAAAAGAGCCAUCGAAUUACUCGAUAAACUUCAGCAGAGUGGCGAAGUGCCUGCAACAAAAUUAGCUGCUCUACAAAAAGUUUUACAAAGUGACUUUUUGAAUGCCGUUAGAGAAGUAUAUGAGCAUGUUUAUGAGACGGUAGAUAUUCAGGGUUCAGCGGAUAUCAGAGCUUCGGCGACGGCCAAGGCUACAGUGGCCGCAUUUGCUGCUGCCGAGGGUCAUGCACAUCCUCGCGUCGUGGAGCUGCCGAAGACUGAAGAAGGUCUCGGAUUCAAUGUUAUGGGAGGUAAGGAACAAAAUUCCCCGAUAUAUAUAUCAAGGAUCAUACCCGGAGGAGUAGCAGACCGACAUGGUGGCCUCAAAAGAGGAGAUCAACUUUUGUCUGUUAAUGGUGUUUCGGUGGAAGGAGAAAACCAUGAAAAAGCAGUGGAAUUACUUAAACAAGCUGUAGGUUCAGUGAAACUUGUAGUCCGUUACACACCAAAGGUACUAGAAGAAAUGGAAAUGAGGUUUGACAAGCAAAGAACGGCGAGACGGCGUCAAAAUUACAACUAAUGUUUGUGCAAAAUUUAAAACACACUUAAGUAAUUUUUAAGCCCUUAAAUGAAAAUUAUUUCAUAACAUAAGAACCCAUUA